AUGAACCCGGCUGAGUACAUUCUCGAACAGAGUGGAGCAGGCGCCACGGGACAGGCAACCCUCGAUUGGCCUUCAGUAUGGCAAUUGUCUUCAGAGUGCAGGGCUGUCACGGAACGCAUUGAGCACUUCGAGUCAUUAGGCUGCUCUAACUCUGAUCAAAAGUCGAGCGUUCCUAUGCGCAGGUUUGCAAUGACCUGGUUCCAGCAAUACCUCCUCGUUCAGAAGCGACUUUUCGUGCAGCAAUGGCGCCCGCCAGGGCACAUGAACAGCAAGCUUGCUAUCAACGUCAUCAGCGAAUUAUUUAUGGGUUUCACCUCCUACAAAGAAAAAAGCCCCGUGCAGGGCUUGCAGAACAAGGUCUUCUCUGUUCUCACCAUCUUGCUUCUCUGCCUCAUCCUGGUGGUGCUUGUCCAACCUCGUCUCAUCGAACUCCGGAAACUAUACGAUGUUCGCGAAAAGCACUCCAACAUGUACCAUUGGAGCGUCUUCGUGGUCGCAAACGUACUCGUGGAGAUACCCUUCAACCUCAUCAUCUCCAGCAUGUGCUUCCUCUGCUGGUACUUCCCCGUAGGGUGGUGGCGCGACAUAUCCCACGGCCGAGGCGCAUUCAUGUACCUCGUGUUCAGCGUCUACCAGAUCUACCACGCAACCUUUUCGCAGGCGCUUGCUGUCGUCGCACCCAAUGCCGAAACAGCGGCCAUGUUAAUCAUUCUCUUCUACACAUUCAUCCUUGCUUUUACUGGGGUGCUCCAACCGCUCCAACAACUUGUUGGCUUCUGGCAUUUCGUCUACUACGUCAGUCCCUUCACCUGGCUCGUCUCAACUAUGAUGUCUACUGGUGUCCAUGACGUGCCGGUUCGAUGCACCGUAGCAGAGACCAACAUCUUCCAGCCACCCCAAGGGCAGACUUGCGGUGAGUACGCGGGCGUGUUUGCGAAUGCAAGUAUGGUCGCGUUGUACGAUCCGAAGGUUCGCCAAUUUUGCCAAUUUUGCCAAUACGCCGUCACGGACGUGUAUCUUGGUGCUUUGAAUACGUCGUACGACGGCCGCUGGAGGAGCUUUUGCCUCUUAAUCGUUUAUACUGUGUUCAAUAUUGCUAUUUUCACUCUCGACUUUUACCUUUACUCUGGUCCAAGGUUGGUGAAUACGCUGAAACGCUCCUUCAAGGGUAAGAAAGCCUAA